GUCUUCAAUUCGCUGGCGUCGCGAUCGGUUCGAUUUCGAUUCCCUCUUGUUAGUUGUCUCUCUUCUUGUGUUAGCUUUUCUGUGCUGUGUUGUUUAACUGUGUUUCUUUUUGUUUAACGUCUUUUGCGCGCGCGUGUGUGUGCUUUAAAAGCUCUUCACGCGCUCUCUCUCUCCCUUUCUCGCUCUAUCUAACUCUGUUUUAGUUUGCGUAUCGUCUCUCGCUCGCUCGCUCGCUGUUCGCGCGUUCGCUUCGUCGUCUGCGCACUUGUGGCGCAGUCAAGUUAAGAAAACCUGUGCAUGACAAGUGUAGACAAAUUGUAGAUAAAAAUAAAAUGAAAACGUAAAAAAAAGAGCUGAACCUGCAUUCAAAAUUUGUUUUUAUUGGAGUACAACAACAACAACAAAUAUAGAAACCAAAGAGCAACGCUCAAUGCAUUUUAAGUUUCCUUCAUCCGGCAACACGCAUCGAUUAAGUUAAUAUUUUGGCCUUGAAAUGUUUCCAAAUCAAAAUAAUUUGGUCGCUGCGGGUGCAGCAAACGAUGCCCAACAGCAACAGAACCUCAACUACAAUGGACUGCAGCAGCAACAGCAGCAACAACAACAACAGCAGCAGCAACAACAACAGCAGCAACAGCAACAACAAAACCAACAAUUGUCACAGUCUGCCAAGAAUGUGAGGAAGAAACCGUGUGUGAAGAUUACGGAGCAACCGGCUGGAAAAGCGUUACGUUUCCGCUAUGAGUGCGAGGGUCGCUCGGCGGGUUCGAUACCCGGCGUCAAUUCGACGGCCGAGAACAAAACCUAUCCGACCAUCGAGAUUUUGGGCUACAAAGGACGCGCCGUUGUCGUGGUGUCCUGUGUGACCAAGGAUAUGCCAUAUCGUCCACAUCCGCACAAUUUGGUGGGCAAAGAGGGCUGCAAGAAGGGCGUCUGCACGCUGGAGAUCAGCAGCGAAACGAUGCGCGCCGUGUUCAGCAAUCUGGGCAUUCAGUGUGUCAAGAAGAAGGACAUCGAAGCAGCGCUCAAGGCACGCGAGGAAAUACGCGUGGAUCCCUUUAAGACGGGUUUCUCGCAUCGUUUCCAGCCAUCGAGCAUUGAUUUGAAUUCGGUGCGUUUGUGCUUUCAAGUGUUUAUGGAGAGCGAGCAAAAGGGACGCUUCACCUCCCCGCUACCCCCGGUGGUGUCGGAGCCGAUCUACGAUAAGAAAGCGAUGUCCGAUUUGGUGAUUUGUCGUCUGUGCAGCUGCUCGGCGAGUGUGCUGGGCAACACGCAGAUCAUAUUGCUGUGCGAGAAGGUGGCCAAAGAGGAUAUCACGGUGCGCUUCUAUGAGGAGAAGAACGGCCAGAUGGUGUGGGAGGCUUUAGGUGAUUUUCAGCACACCGAUGUGCACAAGCAAACUGCCAUUACAUUUAAAACGCCGCGUUAUCGUUCCCUCGAGAUCACGGAGCCCGCCAAGGUUUUCAUACAGUUGCGUCGACCAUCGGACGGCGUCACAAGCGAGCCAUUACCCUUCGAAUAUGUGCCAUUGGAUUCAGAUCCAGCACAUUUGAGGCGAAAACGUCAAAAGACUGGCGGUGAUCCCAUGCACCUGUUGCUCCAGCAACAACAGAAACAACAGCAACAACAACAGCAGCAACAUCAGAAUGAUCAUCAGGAUGGCAGACAAAACAACCUUAACUGUUGGAAUGCCCAGAAUAUACCGCCCAUUAAAACGGAACCGAGAGAUACCUCACCGCAGCCAUUUGGCAUGUAUCGUGCGCCGCCAGAGUUGACACCCUCGCCGCAGCCAUUGUCGCCGUCGAGCAACUACAAUCAGAACAGCACUCCCUCGCCCUACAACAUGGCAGCGGCGGGAGCAACUGUGCCCGCCAAUGGCCAACAGCAGCAGCAGCAGCUGAUGUCGCCCAAUCAUCACCAGCAACAACAGCAGCAACAGCAGCAGCAAUAUGCUGAGUUGGGCAACAAUUACAAUCCUUUUGCACAGCAAUUGCUGGCACAACAACAGCAGCAACAUCAACAGCAGCAGCAGCAGCAACAACAUCAAAUGCAAUACAAUCCCAAUGCCAAUUCAAAUCCUUUUGUCACGGGUGGCAAUGCGGCACAUUGGGACAACAAAUUCUCAGUCGCUGCUGUGGCAGCUGCUGCGGUGUCGACAGCGCCUGCUGUUGGCAACAACAGCAACAAUCUAAGCAAUCUCAACAAUCCCUUCACCAUGCACAAUCUGCUGACUUCUGGCGCGGGCGCACCUAGCAAUCUGCAAUGGAAUUUGACCACAAAUCAUUUGCAAAACCAGCACACCCUUCAGCAACAUCAGCAGCAGCAGCAACAGUUGCAGCAGCAUGGCGUACAAAUGCAUCAGCAAUACGACAAUAAUGUCAGCAACACCAACAAUGAUAACAGCAACAACAACAAUAACAAUGAGAACGGUCCAACGAUCAGCAAUCUGUUGAACUUUGACAGCGAGCAGUUGGUGCGCAUUAAUUCCGAGGAGCAGCAAAUGUUGCGUCUCAAUUCAGAAGAUCUGCAAAUAUCAAAUCUAUCAAUAUCUACGUAAUAGCUUACACAAAUUCUGCAGUUAUUAGUCAUAAAUUGCGUGUGUUUGAUACAAAUGUAAAAUGUGUUUUUAGCCUAAUGUUCUUUUUAAAUACGAAUAAAUUAAUCGUUUUAGCAAUAA